AUGGUCACUGGAAGACCGUCCAUGGCACGGAAGAUGCCUUCGAAGUCACUCUUCUGGAACGUACACAGAGCAUCCAGAGCCUCCUGCUGCGCCGGAGAGUCCAGCUCCACAGCACCGAUCAUGCGACGCACGGCAGCGAUACGCUGCGCAGAGCUAAAGAACAUGUGCUCCGUGCGCGUGAGGCCGAUACCCUGUGCGCCAUGCGCACGGGCCUCGCGAGCGUCUUCGGGCGUGUCUGCGUUCGUAAACACCUCCAUGCGGCGGUGCGCGUCCACCCACUUCAUGAACUGCUCCAGCUCUCCGCUCAUCACAGCCUUCUGUAGCUCCUGCUUGCCCUGA